UACCUGCGCUCCCUGCUCCUGCACCAACCGGGACCCCUGCCCAUCGUCGCGCGCCCGAUGCCGUCCAACGGCAUGAGCCUCUUCAUCCUCGCGCUGCUCGGCCUGAACACGCUCUACCUCGUGCACGACAGCACCGGCGAUUUGACGCUCGUCGCGGACCGCGCCGGCCUGCUCUUCGCGGCGAACCUGCCGUGGCUGUACGUCCUGGGCGCGAAGAACCAGCCGGUGAAGGCGCUGACGGGGCACUCCUACGAGAACCUGAAUGUGCUGCACCGGCGGCUGGGCGAGUGGAUGUGUUUCCUGGCGCUGGGGCAUUUCGCGGGGUUCGUGGCGGGGUGGUAUCGGGUGCUGCGGCCGCUGGGGAUCUCCUUUGUGCAUUUCGUGACGAUCCCGGCGGUGGCGUUCGGGCUGGGGGCGUGGGUGUGUUACGAGGGGUUGUACUUCACGAGCCUGGCGGGCUUCCGGAGGGGGUGGUAUGAGGUGUUUCUGGGCACGCAUGUGGUUCUACAGGUGGUGGCACUGGGAUGCCUGUGGAUGCAUUUUCAUUUCGCGAGGGGGUAUAUAGGGGUUGCAUUAUUAGUCUAUGUGGUGGACAGGCUGGUCUAUCGGAUAGGGGGGAAGACGAGGGCGUUCGAGGCCGAUUUGACGGUUCUGGAGGACGGCGAGACGACGCUUGUUUCGGUGAAUUGGAGUCUACCUCCAACCACCACCACCUCCUCCUCUGCGAUGCGGCAGCGCAUCUGGGUGCGGAAUAUGCGACACGGCUGGCAACCUUCCGCGCACGUCUUCAUCACGCUCCCCCAUCUCUCGCGCGGGCACCGCUUCCAAGCGCAUCCCAUGACCAUCGCGUCCGCCGCACCUCCCUCCUCCUCCUCCUCGUCGGAUCAAAGACACGCAUGGCUCAACCUCAUCGUGCGGGCCCAGGGCGGGUUCUCGCGGGACCUGCUGCAUCACGCGCGCGCGAACCCGCGGACGAAGGUCCUGCUGGACGGGCCCUACGGCUCGCUGCACGCGCUGGAGAUGCUGCGGGACAGCGACAAGGCGGUGGUGAUCGCGGGCGGGUCCGGGAUCGCGGUGGCGUAUCCGGUGGUUUGGGCGCUGCUGCAUCCGGAGGAUUCCGGCGGUGGUGUCGAUGACGACGCUGAGAGGCAGAUCGCGCGGGACGAUCGGAGAGAAAUCACGCUCGUGUGGAUCGUUCAGGAUGCUUCGCAUCUCUCCUGGCUGGAUGCCGCGCGGCUGGAGGAGUUGUCGGCGAAAGGCGCGAAGGUCGUGGUUCCCCCGCCGACGAGGAAGAGUGGGCGGCCGGAUGUGAGAGGCUUGCUGAGGGGAGCCGUUGCGGAGGACGCGGAUGGCGAUGGGUGGUCAUCAUCAGUGGGUGUCGUGGUCUCAGGACCAGAUGGGCUGAACCGGUCGGUGCGGAACUUCUGCGCGGAGAUGGUGCGCGAAGGGCUGGAUGUGUGUGUCGAGGUGGAGAAGUUCGGGUGGUGA